AUGUCCUCGAACCCGCUGCUGCACCUCCAGUUCCCCACCCCGGCCUCAAUCGCACACCUGCACGACCACCUCGCCCAAGACACCCUCCGCCACCUCGCAGCUUCGCGGGUCCUCGUCGCUCGCAGCAGCAGCAGUAGCAGCAGCAGAAACAGUCACGAAAACAGCGCCAACGGUGACAGCGCAUCAUCGCCAUCGCCAGACAGCAGCGUCGCCUCGUUUGUGAAAUGGGACCUCGUCGGCGUUCCCACACUCGGUUCGGAGCGCUUAGAUGCGGGCGAGCAGCCGCAGCAGCAUGCUACUGCUGCAGAACAGCAAGGAGGAGAGGAAAGCCAUUAUCAACAGCAACACCAAAAAAAGCAUGUGGUGGUGGACGAGGACGAACAAGAGGACCUGUGGCCCGUCUCAGCCAACCAAGAAUACCUCACCGCCUACUCUACCGCCGCCUCGUCCGCUCGCAAGCAAGCAAUGGGCACCCGGCCUUUUGUCCAUCUGACCUUCCUGUGUACCGACGACGGGUUCCGGGGCCGCGGAGCCGGGACGGCACUCGUGCGCGCCGUUUCAGACGAGGCGGCGUCCAGAGGGUUGCCGGUGUUCCUGGAGAGCACAAUGGACGCUGCGCCGUUCUACAAGAAGCUGGGCUUCGCCAAGGUCGGCGGGUUCCGGAUCUCGAUACCUGCGAAGAAUGGCGGCGAGGAAACGUACGAGGAGGUUUGUAUGAUGCUGGAAGCGGAGGCUGCGUGA